AUGAGCUUCUGCAUCUAUGUGGAAAUGAACUUCUGGUUCAGAGUGCUGGAGCAGCUCCUCAUGGAGCUCCACCACUUCCUGCUCAUCCUGGACAAAGAGACCUUGAGCGGCAACGCCACCGUCCACAAGGGAUUGCUAGCCGACCUGCUCCAGUCCUACGGCACAUCCAACGGUGCGGACGAGGAGUACAUCUACAUGAAUAAAGUGGUCGUCGGUAGCAAAGAAAAACAAGAAAAAGAUGAGACCGCAGAUGUCCCAGUCAAUGGAAAAGCGUCCAAACAUUCACCCGUCCCGCAGAAGAGCCUUCCCGAUCUGCCACCUCCCAGAACAGACUCCGUGACUCGGGAACCCUUCCCGCUGCCCGCCGUUAAGGCGCCGAGCUGCUCGGAAGCGUCGGAGAGUUACUACGAGGAGGCUCAGCCCUAUGAGGAAACGGUUAAUGGAAGUCGACAGUCUUUGCCUCGACUUUUUUCCUCUUCACUUCCACGUACUCUCUCUCUUUCUCACCUCCCAGACGACGGCGAAGCGGUCAGCAGUUCCUACGAGUCCUACGACGAAGAGGAAGCGACCACCGGGGGGAAGUCGCCGUGGGCGCAACACCGCUGGCCGUCCGCCGAGGCGUCCAUCGAGCUGAUGAAGGACGCUCGCAUUUGCGGCUUCUUGUGGAGAAAAAAGUGGCUGGGUCAGUGGGCCAAGCAGCUUUGUGUCAUCCGAGAGCAUCGUCUGCUGUGCUACAAGAGCUCCAAAGAGCAGACCCCCCUGUUGGAUGUAAGCCUGCUGGGGUGCAGCGUCACCUACAAGGAGAAGCAGCCCAAGAGGAAGGAGCACAAGCUGAAGAUCGUCCCCAUGGGAGGCGAGGCCGUCGUGCUGGGGCUUCAGAGCAAGGAGCAGACGGAACAGUGGCUUAAGGUGAUUCAGGAGAUCAGUCCCAAGCCUGGCGAGAAUGGCGACUCGCAGCACUCCGUCUCCGACUCCCCCAGGCUAAUUUGCACGAAGGGGGAGGUCGGCGAGCGGCAUUCGGCGGCGUCAGAAAGCGGAAGCAGCACCGACAGUCACGCUGACGCUCCCGAGAAAGAUGUGAAGAAAAAAUAUAGCGGGGGUUUGAAGCUCAGCAACCUGAUGAACAUCGGGAAGAAAAAAGCCACGUCGUUGGAAAGCGCGGAGAAAUGCGUCGAGACUUCGGGCUACCUCAACGUGCUGGUGAAUAGCCAGUGGCGAACGUGCUGGUGUCUCAUCAAGAACGGUCACUUGUGCUUUUACCAAGACAAGAACAAAAGCAAAGUCAGCCAACCCGCCGUCAAGCUGGAGGGCUGCCAGAUUUGGCCUGACCCAAGCCCGGACCACCUCUACUCUUUCCGGAUAGACAUGAGCGGCACGCAGCUAGCCACCCUAGAGGCCAAGACGUCAGCAGUCAUGGGUCAUUGGUUGGGCCUCUUGCUGUCCCAGACGGGAAGCAAGACGGACCCAGAGGAGCUAACCUAUGACUACGUCAAUGCGGAGAGGAUAGCCAGCAUUGUCAAUGCUGCAAAGACGUCCUUAUACUUGAUGCAGAGGCGCUACUCUGAGCCGAAUACCUACAUCGACGCCCUGCCUUCCAGCCCUCACAACCCGGACGAGCUCUACGACGACGUCGCGUCUAUCACUGAUCCAGAGGAUAUUGUCUCUGGAAGUCUUCCACAGAGUGAAGAAAAUGACCUCGAAACACAAAAUGAAACGUCUGCUGAUGACCCGAACGACCCGCUGGCAGCAGAUGAAGAAGAGUCUGAAGAAAGAGUAUACCUAGACCUAGUACCGGUGCGGUCUUUUUUGCAUACGGUAAGCGGCGGGAAGGAAACCCCUUUACAAGAAACAUCAGGAAACCCUUCGGAGGAACUGAAAGAGCCUUCGAGCCAAGAUAAAGAGGUCAGCCCAAAUAAGCCGCCGGAACCUGAUCCAGCAACUACUUUAGAUGACUCCAGUUCUGCCAGAGAAGAGCACGCAAACUCCAAGACCCCGCCGCCUAUCCAGGAGCCCCCCAAGAGGACUUCGACUUCCUCUGGGCUCUCCAAAGUCUUGACUCUUCCCACAAACACUGGUUUUCCUGUCAGUCCUCAACCGCUCCGACCCAAAGCCUUUAGCACAGGCUGCCCCGGUGCCGUGGAAGGGAAGCUGGGCAAAAGACGUACAGAGGCCGACUUGUUACGCUACAGCGACGAACGAGAGCGUCUGGAGAGAGAGCGGGAAGAGGUGCGCAGCCGACUGGCUCGCCUGAAAAAGGAACGCAAGGAAACCAAAGAGGAGCUCAACGCCUGUCAAGAUGCUAGGCAGCAGGCCUCCCUUGAAGCCCGUCUGAAGCAAAUGGAGGAUGCCGGUCGAGAAGCUGAGCAGCGACGGGUAGAGGUGGAGUUGCUGCUGGUGGAGGUGAAGGAAAGCCUGAAGAAGGUGGAGGCCGGGCCCUUCACGCUAGGGACCACGGUGGACGGCAGCCACCAAGACACGCCCGCGACAAAAAGCGUCGCCCCGCCCUCUCCCCAAAUAGCGUCGCCACCCCCCUCUGGCCCGGUGUCCGGCGGUCCCGCCGCUGCUGCGAACCCGCCGUCGCCCGUGAAUUCCGCGUCUGCGCUCAAAAACAGACCCGCGUCCAUAAUGGCCACCAAAGGCAAAGUGCUGCAGAAAGCCAAAGAGUGGGAAAGGAAGUCCACCACCUAA